GGAACAAUUAAGAAUCUGAUUCGAUUCAGUUUAGCCAGCAACUGAUCGUCCAAUCCCCUGCCCUCUGACGCGCAGCUUACAGUAGUGAGCUUCCCGGUUGCGGGGUAGCAACCACCAAAGGUGGCAUGCUCACUAAACAGGUGAGCAGCCCAAGCCAACCACGCCCGACGAGACAUCCAAUGCGCAUAAACAUGGCCUUGCGCUGCCGCAUCAACGGCCCAUUCUGAGACCUUAGCUUGAGAUUGUUGGAGUAGAUAAACUUAAGACCGCCGCAUCCGUUUCUUCUGAGACCUGUUUACCUCUUUCUUCUCCAAACUUUAUCGCAACCACUUACACCAGUACUUACUUACCACUUACCUAUACACACAUUACUCUGAACUCGACUACCCUGUUUACCAAGCUUACGCUUAUACAACACCAUCAUGACCGACACUGAACAGCAGCUUAAGCUCGUUGACGAAUCUCCUAUCUCUCCUGUAGAGCGAAGAAACUCCCUAGAAGCUCACCUCAAGCACCGCCCCGAACGCUCCGAGCUCGUAGAUAAGAACAUCCUUCCAGCCUCUACGGCAGCGCCAGGCCUCCAGGCGCAUCAGAAGGAGCUUGAGAAGCACAUGCUCGAGGAUAAGCUUAACGACAAGAUCUCACACCGUCCAGACCCAGAGGACCUCAUUAAGGAGGGCGUCUUGCAUGACGACCCACGUACUGUUGCCCAGGACGAAGCAGCCAAAAAGUACAAAGAGGCCAUCGAGGACGAGUAUGCCAAGCGUGAGGGUGGCGCUUGAGCAUGAUGUCAUGCGACGGGGUCAUGAGCCUCGGGUACUCAUGAUACCAGAAAUGGACAACUUUUUUUGAUAACGAAAUGAACUGACUGUGAAUGGAUGGUUGUGUACACAAAUGAUAUGAAAUGAAUGGGCACUAUUAGGCCUUCGCUUGGGCCGUGGUAAUUGCUAUAGUAUAAUGAACACUGCAAGAUUCUGAAAUACCCAAAGCCUCACACGACUGUGUACUACCACGAAGCUUGGGGUGUGAGGAUACAACUCUGACUGCUGUCCACACACCAUUUGGGUAGAGACAAAGCCAUUGAUCCGCAGAAAGUGGAAAUUCCAUCUCAUCUUUUUACAGUCUAAGCCAUUUUGAUAAUAAAUUCCAACGUGGAGAACCUUUUCAAAACACUUCCAAAGUGGAGGAGACACUGCAUAUCAGAAGCUCUAAAACCCCUGCCACG